GCCAGGCGAGCGGAAGAUGGAGGAGCCCUGCGCAGCCGCGGGGGCCGCCGCCCCGCCGAGAGGAGAGGCGGAGGAGCCGCAGCAGGGGUCGCUGUUGUUUCUCGGAGGCAGUGAAGUGAAGAGCAGCGCUGUGGUGAAAUACUCCUCUGCCCCACCGCAAGCAGCGUUUGCCCGUCUUCAAGAGAAGACUGAUUUGAAACUUCCACCUGCGAACUGGUUGCGUGAAAGUGCUAAGCUGGGACCAGCAGGUACAACUAUUCUGGGCAACAACAAGAAAAGUAAACCCUUUUCAAGCUUUGGAAUGGCUUAUGACUUCAUUGACUCAAUUGGAAAUGAUGUGGAUGUUGUGUCUGAUUCAGAGAAUAUUAAAAAACUUCUGAAGAUACCUUAUAGCAAGUCACAUGUGAGCAUGGCAGUACAUCGAAUUGGGCGGACCCUCUUGCUGGAUGAGCUAGAUAUUCAAGAACUCUUCAUGAGAUCAUCUCAGACAGGAGACUGGACAUGGCUUAAAGAGUUUUAUCAAAGGCUGAUUGAUCAGAAGUGGCAGCGAAAAAAGAAGAGCAAAGAGCACUGGUAUCAGAAGGCUAUACUUUCCAAAUUUUUGUAUUACAGUAUUAAUGGUGAUGGAGCUGCUCAGCCUGUUCCUUCCACUUCAAAACAGCACCAGGAUGGUCCUGUUUCAGGUGAGAGUGAUGAAGCAGGAAGGGCCUCCUGGCCAGCUCCCUUUGAAAUGCCUUCUUCAAUAUCUGAAGAUCCAGGUGCCUCUAACCAGGGAAGUGUGCCUCUUGAACCCUCAUAUAUAGUGGGGCAUGUGGCUUCAGCCCCCAAAGAACAAAACCUGACUACUUUGUUCAAUGACGGGGAAAACAGUCAGGGGCUUAAAAAUGACUUUGUUCGUAACAUCUUGUGGACCUUUGAAGAUAUCCACAUGUUAGUAGGAUCAAAUAUGCCUAUAUUUGGAGGUGGGAGAUACCCUGCUGUGAGCUUGCGUCUCAGGGAUAACAACAAGCCAAUAAAUGUGUUAACAGGAAUUGACUAUUGGCUGGAUAACUUAAUAUGCAAUGUCCCAGAGCUUGUGAUGUGCUUUCACGUUAAUGGAAUUGUUCAGAAGUAUGAAAUGAUCAAGACUGAAGAUAUUCCCAAUUUGGAAAACUCAAAUUUUUCUACCAAAGUGAUAAAGGAUAUUGCUCAAAAUAUCUUAUCUUUUCUGAAAUCAAAUUGCACCAAAGAAGGACAUACUUAUUGGUUAUUUAAGGCAAGUGGAAGUGAUAUAGUAAAGCUAUAUGACCUAACCACUCUUUGUGAAGAAACGGAAGACAAAUACCAAAACCCUUUUACAAUGCCUGUGGCAAUUCUUCUGUACAAAGUUGCUUGCAAUAUGAUGCUGAAGAAAAACCAGAAUAAGAAGCACUAUGGCACUAUCAGAACUUUGCUUCUUAAUUGUUUGAAGUUACUGGACAAUGGCAGGCAUCCUCAAAUUAUUGCUUCAGCAAACUACAUGUUAUCAGAGCUCUUCCAGUUGGAUGAACCUAAAAAAGAUGAUGGUACAGACUUCCCUAUAAAUGGUAAUUCUGAUGAAAGCUAUAGCGAAGAAGAGGAAGAAAUGCCAGAUAGUGAUGAUAACGGUUCUUACAGUAAUACUUCUGAUCCGCCGGAUGACAAUAAAGCAGUCGCUAUAAUCAAAUCAGUAGGAGAGUUAUCAGUGCCAGAAAAAUACAAGUCUGUUCAUCGAAUACGACCUAGUUGUGCAUUUCCUGUCUGCCACGGCACUGAAGAACGCUGUAGGCUAGUGCUCAGUUAUGUCCUGGAGGGCUUGAAAUCUGUUGACAGCAGCGUUAAAAAAGAAGGUGACCUUCCUGCAGCAGACCCUAGCACCCCAAUCCCAUUGAAGUAUGAAGAUGACUCCACCAGUAAUGGUCCUGAAUGUCUGGAAAAACAGAUGGCCUUAUUUUUAGAUAAAAUGGGCUCAUUUCCAAAGGGUAAACAUUCCAGUCUGUCAGGAAUGAUUCCUGGAUCAUGGCAAUAUAAAAUGAAACUUCAACUCAUUCUGAAGUCAUCAAAGGCAUAUUAUGUUCUAUCUGAUGCUGCCGUGAGUCUGCAGAAAUACGGGAGAGCGUUACGAUACAUCAAACUAGCUUUACAGUGCCAUGAUACCUACUGUUGCCUCUGUGCCAGCAUGCUUCCUGAAGUAUUAGUAUUUCUUUGUCAGUGUUUAACCCUCUGUGGAGAUACCCAAUUAAUGCUUGCCCAAAAUGCAAAUAAUAGAGCAGCGUAUCUUGAAGAAUAUAACUACCAGACAAAAGAAGAUCAGGAAAUAUUACACAGUCUUCACAGAGAAUCCAGCUGCCAAGUGUUUGCAUGGGCUACUGACCUGUCUACAGACUUGGAGUGCCAACUUUCAGUCAGCUGUAAAUGUUAUGAGGCAGCCUAUGAAAUUUUACUUUUCAGUAAUUUAAAAAAUCAAAAUCCAGAGCAGCACAUACAGGUACUAAAGAGGAUGGGCAAUAUCAGGAAUGAAAUUGGAGUGUUCUACAUGAACCAGGCUGCUGCAGUGCAGACUGAGAGAGUGGUGAGUAAAAAUGUAUCGACAACAGAACAGCAACUCUGGAAGAAAAGUUUCUCUUGCUUUGAAAAAGGAAUUCAGAAUUUUGAGUCAAUUGAUGAUGCAACCAAUGCUGCUCUUCUCCUGUGCAACACAGGAAGACUAAUGCGAAUUUGUGCUCAAGCCCACUGUGCAACUGAAGGUGACUUCAAAAGAGAGUUUUCCCCAGAAGAGGCACUUUAUUAUAAUAAGGCUAUUGACUACUAUCUGAAGGCAUUAAGAUCUCUAGGUAAGAGAGAGGUGCAUCCAGCUGUUUGGGAUUCUGUGAACUGGGAGCUUUCUACGACAUAUUUCACUAUGGCAACUCUACAGCAGGAUUAUGCUCCGUUGUCUAGAAAGGCGCAGGAACAGAUAGAAAAGGAAGUUAGUGAAGCCAUGAUGAAAUCUUUGAAAUAUUGUGAUAUUGAUACAGUGUCUCCACGACAGCCUCUCUGCCAGUAUCGGGCUGCAACCAUCCACCACAGGCUUGCUUCAAUGUAUCAUAGUUGCUUGAGAAACCAGGUUGGUGAUGAACACUUGAGAAAGCAACAUCGUGUACUUGCUGAUCUUCAUUAUAGUAAAGCAGUAAGACUCUUUCAACUCUUAAAGGAUGCACCCUGUGAAUUCCUUCGCGUGCAACUGGAAAGAGUGGCAUUUGCAGAAUUCCAGAUGGCGAGUCAGAUUAGCAGUGCUGGGAAAUUAAAGACUUUGUUUGGAGCCCUAGAUAUAAUGGUGAAAACCAAGUGUGCGUUUCAGCUCAUCAGAAAAGAGCUAGCAGCAGAAAGUGAACAGAUAAGCAAGGAUAAAAGUAAUGCUGAGAAUACAACAUCUAGUGAUUCCUCCACUGACCUUAACAAAGAAGAAGUAUUGAAAUUGCUUAGUAUUUUUGAGUCUAGAAUGUCAUUCCUUCUCCUACAAUCUGUUAAAUUGUUAACUUCAACAAAAAAGAAAAUUGGGGGCAUUAAUGAAGAAGAAGAAGUUCUCAAAACAAACAAGCAAGUUUACUCCCUGCUGUUACGUGCAACUGCUAACAAAAACAUGACUCUGCUAGAACGAAUAGAGGUAAUCUUAAGUUUGCUGGAACAACUGACUCAAAAUAGUGAAGCCAGCAACAUAGGAACUCAGUAACUUUAUAAUGCUGCAAAGUAGCAGAAACAGUGCCUUGCUAUGCAUGGGAUCACUUCCCUUCCUCCCUCCUGCCCAUGUGAUGCUUAGACUUAUGGAAGGCGAGAAAAAAAUUGCCUGUGUUGUCGCACUCGCAUCUGGAAAAAAACAGGAAUUAAUUAUUGUUUUGUGGUAAGUCUGUGACAGUUCGGUUAGUAGCAUUUCUUGGUUUGAAAUGCUGAGCUGGGAUUCUGGAUGUAAACUUUUGGAGAGAGUCACAAUUCUUCUCUUAAAGGUAAUGGACUUUUUUGCAGUGAUUAAUAUGUUCUGCAUAAAAAUGUAAUUUCACAGUUGCUCUGGUUUGUUACUUAAUGAAGCAUACUUUGUAAGCAAAGCUUUGUUGGAACACUUUAACCAGUAAUGUGAACUGAAGUUGUACAAGGAAAUUCCUCUUGAAUGUGUGGAUGCACUUCUUUUACUACAGGUACUAUACUGCACAAAAGUACGUGCCUUUCUAGCUUUGAUGCAAGAUUCUUGUGAAUAUUAGCCAUCACUGGGAUUUAAUUUACACCAGAAAGUGAAUGGUUUUAGCUGUGUUUGUUUGAAUUGAUCAAGAAUAGUAUUAUCUUUUUCAGACUUGAAACUGUGAAUAAAUGAGAGCAUAUUUUUAAAUAAAUUUUUAUUUAUUAAAUAUAAA